AUGUCAUCUCGCGAUACGACCGACGACGAAGAGAUUGCGAUUGAGAUGCAAAGGCAACGACGGGGAGUUCGUACCAAUAACAACCCGUUCGCCGGGGCACGAGAUGAAGGAGACGAAAGAGAAGAAGACUUUUCGGUCUUACGACGAGCGGUGGAGGAAGCGCAGUAUCCGAGCUACCAUCGAAACAGCGCGCAAAACGACGAAGAAGACGACGACGACGACGACGAGAAGAUUAAGAAGAAGAGUGAUUUUAAACAGCCAAAACCACCCUCGAAGGCACGAACUUCGUCGUCGCAACCCGCGGUGGACGAGGACGAGAUCGACGAUUACGCGCGAACGUUAGGGGCGAGCUCUACGUUUUUCUGCCCGGUGAGUUUAGAGUUGUUGAAAGAUCCGGUGGUUGUGAGAACCGGGCAAACGUACGAGCGAGCGAGCGUGGAGGACUGGAUCCAGAGAGGCGGAAGGACGUGCCCGGCGACGGGGCAACCGCUCGCGGAAGCGAACGAGUCCAUCGUGAGGAUGGCGCCGAAUUUCGCUCUGAGAAGCGCCAUACAAGAGUGGGCGAGGAGGACGUGUCCGGAGAUUCUGAACGAGUCUGGAGACGUGAGAGGUUUGAAAGGGUCGCCGGUGGUUGGGAUGACCGAGAUGCGACUGGUGAGCGCGGCGGAGUUGAGAGAUAUCGAAUCGAAUCCCACGGCGCCGCCGGUUAUCGGUCGUCGCGGAGAUACUCUUAACGAUUCGAAUGCCAGUGCCUCUACGUCGAGGAGAUCGACUAUUGUUCGCCGGAUGAUGAGCCUGUCGAGCGCGGUGCCGACCUUUAUCGCGAACGUGAACAGGGAAAUUACCAGGACUCAACACUUUGUAAAUCAAACGCAACGACGCGUUUUUGACGCAAUCGACGGGAGAAGGAACCCGUCGCGGAAUAAUGAUAGCAACGAUAGUAACACGAACAGCAACAACAAUAAUGGAAGCAGCAGCGAUAAUAACAACCAGCAACAACAAAACGGAAGCUACUGGAUGCAUAACGAGGAGAUCCCUCCGGAAUUACCGUCGACGUACCGAUCGAUACAGACUGGUCCGCCCAUUCGAAGAGGCGACUCGUGGUUCUACCCGGUCGCGCCUUCUCGAGACGAAGCGGCGUUCCACGAACGUAACAAUUUUGGAUUCAGAAACCCGCAAACGCACCAAAACUGGAUCGAGAUAAGGCGAGACGGCGACGCGGUCGAAACCGCCGUGGCGUACCGAGUGAGUCUGAGAUUACUUCCCGUCAUGCGAAACCAGCAACACGUUCGAUGGGUAUUCCUCUUUGCCGUGUUACUCUCGAUGAUGUACGGCGUUCAGAUUGUGUUUUGCAACUCAGCGUCGUGGUCAACCGACGGCAACGCCUUCAUGGGGCCGUCGAAGUUUGAAAUGGCCAAAUCAUCGUGCAUAGCCGGAAAUCUAGGUUGGUUAGUCACGGAGAAGACUGAAAUUUGGCGCUUGUUUACGUCCAUCUUCGCGGUCGGGAACGUAGUGACGUUCGUGAUCACCUUACUCGCCCUCCUAUUCAUAGCGGCUCCUAUCGAGAGAAAUAUUGGUGGGUACAUCGCUAUACCGCUAUUUUGCGGCCCGUUCGUGGGUAUUCUAGCGUCCACGUACUUCUUGAACGACCACGUCACCACGGGCGGGUUAUCCUCCAUCGCCGCCAUCCUUCCGCUGUGCUACGCGGAUUACUGGAAAACGAAGGAGUUAUCCUUCAUACACUGCUUUGGUUUCGCGAUAUUCAUCAUCGUCAUCUUAUUCGGUUACUCGCCAUUUACCGAUAACCUGACGCAAUUAUUCGCCUUCCUCUUCGGCGCGGCUACCGCGGGGAUUUAUUACAGUCCAGAACGACCGUCGUUGACCUCCGAACAAGUCAAAAGCGCCCAAAGCGGCUUCGCUAUCCUCCUCGGAUUCAUAUUCGUGCUCCCAUUUCUCCUUCUGUGCGUGGAUAGCCCGAUGAAAUCUGGAGGAUUAGACACGAAUAGCGUCGUAGACGGCUUCGCGUGCAUGCCGUCGGAAAUGAUGGGUUCUUGCCGAGACGACGUGUUGACUUGGCAAGAAUACUACGGGAUUCCGCCGUCGCCGGUGGCGACGCCGAUCAGUCCCCCGUUGCCGUCGCCGCCACCGCCACCGCCGUCGCCACCACCGUCGGACUAG